AUGCCCGUUCAGACUAGAGGAAUGAAAUCGGCUAAUCAGGCAAAUGAUGCGGCACCUACCAACACAGGUCCCGGGACGGCUGGCAACGCCAAUACCGCAGCUUCCACCGGUAGCAGAGCUCCAUCCAAGGAGGGUGAUAAACGCUCGUCUGGCAAGGGCCCUGGCAAGCCCUCGCGCGUGGCAGCUUCCGAGACGGAUGGCACUGGCAGUACCAAAUCUGCUGCUGCUGAUUCCACCUCCGAGUCGACCGAUAACUCUGCUGACUCACUCGAUGGUUUAUUGGACGGGUUUAGAUCACUAAAUGUUGAAGGUGGAGAUGAAGACACGUCUGGCAACACCAAUACCGCAGCUCUUACCGGUAGCAGAGCUCCAUCCAACGAGGGUGCUAAGCGCUCGUCUGGCAAGGGCCCUGGCAAGCCCUCGCGCGUGGCAGGUUCCGAGACGGAUGGCACUGGCAGUGCCAAAUCUACCGCUGUUGAUUCCACCGCCAAGUCGACCGAUAAUCCCGCUGAACUUGGUGGCUUAUUGGAUCAGUUUCGAUCCCUUACCGUUAGAGGUGGAGAUGACGGCAAAUCCAAUGUCGAACGGGGAGAUGAAGAUGAAUUAAGUGUCGAGUGGUUGCAGAUCGAGCCAUCUCCUGAUGAUAUACAGAAGGUGGAAGGGCCUGCAGCCGACCUUUACACCAAUUUUCUGACGCUUACAGGCUUGGGGAACCCAGGAGCGGCUGGUCACACCACUAAUGCGUCGCGGAUGUUCUCGUUGUGGAAAGAUGGUAUCCGUAAAACGGCAAAGGAAAUAGCCACCCAUAUGCUUUCCUUCGCUGAGACAGCGAAGAGGAAAUCCACGAAUACUGCAAUUCGGUUUCUUUCGUUCUCGAACGCUCGCCCUGCUGAUUUGAAAGAACUGGGAGUGUUGGAAGUGACGAUGUGUCAGCUUGAUGAGCGCCUCAUGAGAAAAAUCAAGUUUGAGCUGACAGAGCGAUUGUCACGAAAAGAACAGUUAAAGUUUGCGUACGAGAAAAUCGUGAGCAACACCGACAAGGAAUUCACAUUAACCGACAAGAACCGGCAGCUUGAAGUAAUUUUAACCAGAGUCUGGGAAGACUGUGGAACCAAAGCCAUCCUCGCUACGUUCAACGACUAUGUAGGAACCACGAAUGAAGCACGCGCAAGGAUAGUCAUUGACCAUAUUCUUGUGCUUACCAUAAAUGUUAUCAAGAUGACAUUGGUCUAUGAAUCCGCCCCAAUAAUGUUUCCCGAGUUUGAGAUCGCUCGCAAAGGCACACAGGGGCCGACGGCACCAGUUGUGAUCGAGUACCAGGACAACACCUUUGCCUGUUCGGGAAGGAUGGACUAUGUUUUGGUCAAUGCUUCACCAGAUGAAAGACCACUUAUAAUCCGAGAAAACACGAUGUACGAUGUCAGAGUAGAGCUGCGAGCAGCCAGGGAGAGAAAGGCCAAGGCGGGCGUUGUCGAAGGAAAGGGAAAGGGCAGAAAAAAGACUGGAGGAAAGGAUACAGAAGCUAAAGUCACUCGGCAAACCCCCAGAAUUUGCAUCAUAGAAGCAAAGCGGUAUGAAGGUGAAACGGCCCUGAUGUCACAUCUGCCUCAGGUUAUUGUCCAGUCUAUUGCAAGCAUGGCAACAUUCAACCGUUCCAUCGAAACUACGCCGUGGGUGCUGACGAAUGGGAUAUACUGGAUUUUUGGAGGAACCUUCUUCAUAUCGGCAACUAAAACCUAUGAAGUACGUCACCUGCCUAUCCAGAGCAUUCUACAGACCACAUCUGGGAGCAACCAACAAGCUUCUGGGAUCUCUCAAUCCAAGCUUCGCGAGGUUGUCACACAACUUAUGACCUGGAAUACCAAUGUCGGCUCUUGCUUGUUCCACUGGCUCCCGCUCUUCUCCGAUGUCCGCAAGUCUCCGUCCCUUUUACGCCUCUUCACGCUCCUCGAUGACCUCUCGUCCUCACAUAUCCUCAUCCGUUUCACUGUUUGA